AUGUCUCCGUUUACUCCGGCGGAGACGUCGAGGUACGUGAUGGCUAAUCCCUCUUGGAAGCAUGUUUUAGUCGGGAGGUUCCCGUUAGGCUAUUCCUCGUGGCAUGAUAUAGUGGCUGCAUUUACUAGCUUUCGUUUAGUGGGGCAGUAUGAGCUUUAUGGUUUAUGCCAUAGACAUAUUAUCAUUCGUCUGUCGGAUAGCUGUGAUUAUGUUACGAUGUUGAUCCGUGGUCUUUGGAUGGUGCGGGGGGCACCACUGCACGUCUUCAAAUGGACGCCAGGCUUUAAGACCACGGAGGAUCCUUCUGUUGUCCCAGUGUGGGUGACUUUCCCAAAGUUACCACUUCAUAUGUAUCACCGGGACAUGUUGUUUGUGGUCACCUCAAGGCUAGGUACGCCUCUGACAGUUGAUGCUCCGAUGGCUAGGAGAGACAGGUGUUCUCAUGCACGUGUCUGCAUUGAGUUGGAUGUAUCACAACCGUUGGUUGACAGAUUCUUGAUCGAUUUGGGGGAUGCCAGAGUAGAGCAGAGAGUGAUAUACGAGAGGCUCCCCCGAUACUGUACUUCUUGUCGUACUUUGGGACACGCUGUUGUCGAUUGCCGUCGGUCGGGACCUUCUCGGGUAGCGAUGGAGGCUAGGAGAGGUCCCCGACCAGCGGUUGUGCCUCCUAUUGAGGAGCGGAUUGUGACUCCUAUUGAGGAGCGGAUUGUGCCUCCUAUUGAGGAGCGAGAUGCUACGGCGGCUGAGAUGACAGGCCGUAGGAGGCGCCGUAGGAUGCGCAGGCGUAGACAGGGCCGGGUUGACGGUAUGGGAUGA